CGUGGCGCGUAGCGAGCCACGGAACGCGGUGCUUUCAGUUUGGUAUCCGAGCUGUGGGCCUCGCUUCCAGGGUGUCUUCUUACUCUCCCCGGAGCAGGAAGGAAGGCACUGGGGGGUUUUUCCAGCUUUGCGUCCGGGUCGCUGAGAACUUCGGAGCCUUCGGCUGGCCAGGCGCCGGUACCAGCGGAGAGUUUGCCGGGCGGGGACCCGGGUCCGGCGCGCUGCCUCCGCGCUAUGAAGAUGUCGGAGGAGCGGCGCUUGUCGCCUGACAGGCUCCCUUCAUACCAGGCCCCAGCUGCACCCGGGCUCUCUCCCCAGGACUCCCCGAUGGAUAAAAAUGCAAACCCUGAACUGAUUCCGCCGUCACCCGAUGGGGAUGACCCACCGUCGACCUCGCCAGAUGCAGUCGCUGGCCCGAAUGUGUUCCAGGAGCCGGGGGCGGGGUGCCCAGCUUCUCCCUCCGCUCCCCUGGAAGCGGGAUAUGAUACUCCUGGGGACUCGAGUCCUCCAGUCGAAGAGCCAGAACUUUCUGAAAACGGGAGCCAACCUGCAGAAGAAAGGAAUGGGCAGGAGCUGGGCUCCGGAGAAGCCGUGGAAAAUAUGUCCGAGGAACCUGCUCUAGAGGACGAGGGAGACAACAUUUGGAGCUACAGCUUCACCCAGCUGCCUCGAUUUCUUAGUGGUUCCUGGUCCGAAUUCAGUACCCAACCUGAGAACUUCUUGAAAGGCUGUAAGUGGGCUCCUGAUGGCUCCUGCAUCUUGACCAAUAGUGCUGAUAACAUCCUGCGGAUUUAUAACCUGCCCCCAGAGCUGUACAAUGACGGGGAGCAAGUGGAAUACGCAGAAAUGGUCCCUGUCCUCCGGAUGGGGGAAGGUGAUACCAUCUACGAUUACUGCUGGUAUUCUCUGAUGUCCUCAUCCCAGCCAGACACUUCGUAUGCCAGGGCCUCAGUGUCCGUGUCUCUCUCAGCGUGGCCAGCAGCAGCCGGGAGAAUCCGAUUCACAUCUGGGACGCAUUCACUGGCGAGCUCCGAGCUUCCUUUCGCGCCUUCAAUCACCUGCCUUUUCUCUUCCCAGGAUGAGCUGAUGGCUGCCCAUUCACUCUGCUUCUCCCCGGAUGGCUCCCAGCUCUUCUGUGGGUUCAACCGGACUGUGCGUGUCUUUUCCACGUCCCGGCCUGGCCGAGACUGUGAGGUUCGAGCCACCUUCGCAAAAAAGCAGGGCCAGAGUGGCAUCAUCUCCUGCAUAGCCUUCAGCCCUACCCAGCCCCUCUAUGCCUGUGGCUCCUACGGCUGCUCUCUGGGCCUCUAUGCCUGGGAUGAUGGCUCCCUUCUCGCCUUGCUGGGUGGGCACCGAGGGGGCGUCACCCACCUGUGCUUUCAUCCUGAUGGCAACCGCUUCUUCUCAGGAGCCCGAAAGGAUGCUGAACUUCUGUGCUGGGAUCUCCGGCAGCCUGGUCAUCCGCUGUGGUCCCUGAGUCGGGAGGUGACCACUAACCAGCGCAUCUACUUCGAUUUGGACCCGAGCGGGCAGUUCCUGGUGAGCGGCAGCACCAGCGGGGCUGUCUCCGUGUGGGACAUCAGCGGGGCUGGUGGCGAUGACGGGAAGCCAGAGCCCGUGCUGAGUUUCCUGCCCCAGAAGGACUGCACCAACGGAGUGAGCCUGCACCCUAGUCUACCUCUGCUGGCCACGGCCUCGGGUCAGCGCGUAUUCCCAGAGCCCACGGAUAGCGGGGAUGAGGGAGAGCAGGUGCCAGACCUUCCCCUGCUCUCCCUGCGCCACGUCCACCUCGAGUGUCGGCUCCAACUCUGGUGGUGUAUGGGGGAUCCAGACCCCAGUAACCCUGAGGACCACCAGGACCAGACCAGACCAGGCGUGAUGGAGGGAAGUGGGGGGGAACUUACAUAAAAAGGUUUUAUAUGGUA